UCCUCCCCGAUAAUUAUUUAACAAAAGAAAAUUGUUUCGAAACGAGAAUCGCAAUCGAAUCACGCUUUCAUCAAUUCAUUACCGGAACCUGCAUUAUUAAUUAUCUCAGCUUACAACCACGAACGAUAACUCUAUUGACACAAAAAAAGUUCACCUUGUUUUCAAGCAUGUGUUAGAGGUGACCACUUUAUAAGUGAAACUAGACGAUACUCAAGUUUUUGUAAAUAUAAUAUAUAUAUUCUUAGCUAACUUAGAAUGAAAUAGGCAGCGCAUACAUUUCAGACAGGAAAAUACAUCAUAAUGGACGUUAUAAAAGAGUUUCUGGGACUCAAGCACAAAAAAGACGGACAAGUGAUAUUUUCAACUUCACCAGAUUCAAACAAUGAUGAUGAUAAUGUGUCAGAGAAGAACAUUCUAGAACCUACACCCAUUCCUUCAUUCCUUGCCGAAAAAUAUCCUUGGUUAGAAAAUGCAUUUCGGGUUCAGGAAGGUGACUGCGCUUCCUGCAAAUAUAUAGGCAGUUCAGUUAGCUAUGGUAUUAGCUUGAUUUUGCUGACCCAGCUGAGAAAUCCACCUAGAGAAUUUGUUGGGAAAAAACUACCAUUCUUGGGAAUGGUUUUACCUUUGAGCUUCACUUUUUUCCUGAUUGGAUCAAGUCGUCUUUUUGAUAUUGGCAUCUGCAGACCACCCCAAAAGGAUGACCCGAAAAAAACUCUGUUUGACUUAGCACAAGAAGAUUAUGAAGAACUUGUAAAAUAUUUCGAUAGAAAAAAAGAUGCUUUCUCAAAUAUGUUUCCUAACAAAGAAUUUAAUACAAAACAAAAUACUAUUACCAAUGACUCUGUGAAAAAAGAUUAACAAAUGUAAAUACAUUAUUUAAUUAUAUUUAAA